UCUUCUCUUCCCCUCACCCUUCCACUCCUCUCGCAAAACCCCUCCCAAUCUAAACCCUCGCCACCGCAAUGGCGAUGGCCGCCGCCGGGCGGUGCCUCCUCCUCUCCCGCCCCUCCCCUCUCCGCCUCCGCAUCCUCCGCGCCGCCCUCUCCACCGCCGUCCCCCCUUCCUCCCCCGCCCUCGCCGCCCCCGCGCCCCCUCCCCGCCACGAGCUCCUCCUCGAGCGCCUCCGCCUCCGCCACCUCAAGGACUCGUCGUCCCCCGGGCCCCCGAAGCCGCUGAGGGAGAGGGCCAGAGGCGGGGAGAGGGGCUCGCAGCAGCAGCAGCAGCAGAGGAGCGUUGAGGUGGAGAGCUUCGAGGAGCUCGGGCUCGAGGAGGAGGUGCUGGCCGCGAUGCGGGAGGCGGGCAUCACGAAGCCCACCGAGAUCCAGUGCGUCGGCGUGCCCGCCGUGCUCUCCGGCACCAGUGUCGUGCUUGGAUCGCACACCGGCUCCGGGAAGACGCUCGCCUACUUGCUCCCUCUCGUUCAGCUACUGCGUCAUGAUGAAGCGACGCUGGGUAUGUCAAUGAAGCCAAGGCGGCCAAGAGCUGUAGUUUUAUGCCCAACAAGGGAGCUGACCGAGCAGGUCUUCCGUGUUGCAAAGUCCAUAAGUCAUCAUGCACGUUUUCGGUCAACGAUGGUUAGUGGAGGCACCCGUCUAAAACCCCAGGAAGAUUCUUUGAACAUGCCUGUUGACAUGGUUGUUGGGACACCUGGAAGGAUCCUAGAUCAUAUAAAGGAGGGCAAUAUCGUUUACGGCGACAUCAAAUAUCUGGUUCUGGAUGAGGCAGAUACAAUGUUUGACCAAGGGUUUGGAGAAGACAUACGGAAGUUUCUUGCUCCUUUGAAGAAUCGUUCUUCAAAGCCUGGCGAUCAAGGGUUCCAAACCAUAUUGGUGUCUGCUACCAUGACCAAGGGAGUACAAAAGCUGAUCGAUGAGGAGUUUGAAGGUAUUGAGCACUUACGGACAUCAACCUUUCAAAAGAGAAUUGCAACUGCACGACAUGACUUCAUCAAACUUUCUGGUUCAGAAAACAAACUCGAGGCUCUCCUGCAGGUUCUUGAGCCAAGCUUAGCAAAAGGAAACAAAGUUAUGGUGUUUUGCAACACUUUGAAUUCAAGUCGUGCAGUGGACCAUUUUCUUACUGAAAAUCAUAUAUCUACUGUGAACUACCACGGAGAGGUCCCUGCGGAGGAGAGAGUUGAGAACCUAAACAAGUUCCGGAAUGAAGAGGGUGAUUGCCCAACAUUAGUCUGCACUGAUCUGGCAGCUAGAGGGCUAGACUUGGAGGUUGACCAUGUCAUCAUGUUUGACUUCCCAAAAAACUCUAUUGAUUAUCUCCACCGAACAGGGAGAACAGCACGUAUGGGAGCCAAAGGGAAAGUUACAAGCCUUAUCGCAAAGAAAGAUGUGGGUUUAGCAACAAGGAUCGAAGACGCUAUGAAGAAAAACGAGAGCUUAGAAUCGUUGACUACUAGCAAUGUCAGGAGGGAUUCUGCCAACCCUCAAAAGCCAAGCAUCAAAGGAAGGACUUCUGCAAGGUCGGCAAGGAGUUCAGAUGCUCCGAGGGUUGCUAGCCAGAAGGGUAACAAAAGGGGGGUCACAAUGUCGAGAAGGCCGCCAAAGGUCGCCAUCAAGGACACAACUUCGACGAGAAAGCGCUCGUCGACAAAGAGCCAGCCAUCUUCGUCCAGGAAGCACUCGCCGUCUAAGAACCCGCCGAAGGCCAGGCCUGCAGAGGCCGGAAAGGCCAAGCCGGUGAGAGCUGGUAGCAGCAAGGGCGGCGCGAAGGUCGGGAAGAGCAGCAGAGCCAGACCGGAGGGCGGGAAGGGGGAUGCUGUGAAUAAGGUGGGAAGUAAGCUGAGCGUGGUUGGGUUCAGAGGGCGCAGCACCGGGAAGUCAGCGCAGGCUUCAUGAUAAUCGCUCAAGAUAUUUGAUCCUGUAACCUGUAAAUAUCAGUGACUUGCUUUUUUGCCAAUUUUUGCGCUUUUCGGCUUACAAUUUUGAUAAACUUUUUUAAAUGAGAAAAGGGAACAGUUGAGAUCUUACCACGACAUCUAUAAUAAAAAAGUUUGUUUGUAUUUUUA